UAUGCCACUUUUUCCGGAGGGAAUCUUGUCAGACACAAAAAUAUUUUUUUUAUAAAUUUACACAUCAUAACUUGUUAAUUAAGUAUUUACCAAAACAUCCAACAUAGCAUAUUAUUCGCCGCCCAAAAUCCUCGCUUAAUUCACCAAAACAUCUUUUCCCACAAAAUCAAUCCAACUUACCUCGUACCCAGUACAUCAAAAUUUGUGUAUAUACAAAUGCCACUGAAGUACUAUUUCAAGUCUUGCUGCUAGUUUCAACCACAUCGAUCUGUUGAAGAAGAAGAAUCAAGAAUGUCGUUUGUUGUGGGAUUAAUAAUCGGAAUUACACUUGGGUUUGCUUUGAUUGCCGCAUUUGUUCGAUCGGAGAAGGCGAGAUCCAAGCGUCGGGUUGCACUUGCGACGGUAGUUGCUGCAUUUGCAAGGAUGACUCGUGAAGAUUCGACAAAGUUACUCGCCCCUGAGUAUUAUCCUUCUUGGGUUGUUUUCUCGCAGCGACAAAAGUUGACAUGGCUUAAUUCUCAUCUUACAAAAAUCUGGCCCCAUGUAGACGAGGCAGCUUCAGAGCUUAUAAAGGCAAAUGUGGAGCCGAUUCUUGAGCAAUAUAGACCAAUUGUACUCUCUUCCUUGACAUUCUCCAGGCUUACUCUAGGCACGGUUGCACCACAGUUUACAGGAGUUUCCGUUAUUGAAGAUGAAAGUGAUGGUAUAACUUUAGAGUUGGAGGUAAACUGGGACGGGAAUCCUAGUAUAAUACUUGAUGUCAAGACUAGACUUGGUGUCAGUUUGCCAGUGCAGGUGAAAAAUAUUGCUUUCACAGGAGUUUUUAGGUUGAUCUUCAAGCCACUAGUUAAUGUAUUUCCUUGCUUUGGAGCCGUCUCGUUUUCUUUGAGAGAGAAGAAAAAGAUGGAUUUUACUUUGAAAGUUGUUGGUGGUGACAUAUCCGCUAUUCCCGGUGUUGCUGAUGCUCUUGAGAGUACCAUACAUGAUGCUGUUGAGGAUUCAAUCACAUGGCCGGUUCGAAAAGUUAUUCCCAUUCUCCCUGGUGACUAUAGUGACCUUGAGUUAAAGCCCGUGGGGACAUUGGAGGUGAAGCUUGUACAAGCUCAAAAUUUGACUAACAAAGAUUUUAUCGGGAAAUCUGAUCCUUUUGCUAAGUUAUAUAUACGUCCGUUGCGCAGUGGAACAAAAACAAGCAAAGUUAUCGACAAUGACUUGAAUCCAGUUUGGAACGAACAUUUUGAGUUUGUGGUUGACGAUAUAUCCACCCAACACUUGACACUAAAAGUAUAUGAUGAUGAUGGGCUUAACUCUUCGGAACUCAUCGGAUGUGCUCAAUAUAAGCUGAGUCAACUCGACCCUGGUAAAGUGAAAGAUGUGUGGUUAAAGUUGGUAAAAGAUUUGGAGAUCCAUAAAGACAAUAAAGACAGAGGGAAGGUGCACUUGGAGCUAUUAUAUUGCCCGUAUGGUGUGGGAAAUGGGUUCACCAACCCAUUUAGUAAAAACUUAUCAAUGACAUCUCUGGAACGGGUGCUCGAAGAUGGUUCGGGCAGUGAAGAUGGUGAUGUAGUCAAUCUCAAAAAACGAACCGUAAUUAUAAGAGGAGUGCUAUCUGUCACGGUAAUAUCUGCCGAAGAUCUACCGCCUGCAGAUUUAAUGGGGAAAGCCGAUCCUUUUGUUGUGCUCACAAUGAAGAAAACGGGAACAAAAAACAAGACGAGGGUUGUAAAUGAAAAUCUGAAUCCAAUUUGGAAUCAGACUUUUGACUUUGUUGUUGAGGACGGUUUACAUGAUAUGCUUAUCGUAGAAGUAUGGGACCAUGAUACAUUUGGCAAGGAUUUCAUGGGAAAAUGCAUUUUGACUCUAACAAGAGUUAUAUUAGAAGGGGAAUAUAAAGAAAGUUUUCAAAUUGAGGAAGCUAAAUCAGGAAAACUUACCUUAAAUCUCAAAUGGUUAGCACAACCACUUUAUCGCAAUUCUUAGCGUUGUUGCGUUCGGCUCAACAUCAUUUGCCAACAAGAAGAACUAUUGAAGAAGCACACACAUGUUCAUAUUCAAAAGAGCCUUGAAGGUGCAAAUUUUGCAUGCAAGAAGCCAAUAUGAUAUUUAUGAAGAUGGUAAGAUCAAACAAUUUUUUGGGUAGAAAAACAUGGAUGUUCUUGGUGCAAUUUUGUGUUUGCAUCUUGGUUUUGAAACUUAAUAACUUUUUGGUCAAUUGUGGAGUCACUGACAAUUUUGUGGUGCUAGUUAAUGUUGCUAACAAUAAACUAACCAAAACUUUAA